AUGGCUUCUCCUCAGAUAAUCCGUACCCCGAUCACUGAUCUGCUAAAGAUCAACCACCCAGUUCUGCUGGCUGGUAUGAAUGUCGCUGCCGGUCCCAAGCUGGCAGCUGCAGUGACCAACGCUGGUGGUCUGGGUGUCAUCGGUGGUGUUGGUUACACCCCCGAUAUGCUGCGUGAGCAGAUCGCCGAACUUAAGGGAUACCUGAAUGACAAGAACGCCCCAUUUGGCGUUGAUUUGCUUCUUCCUCAAGUUGGUGGUAGUGCCCGUAAAACAAAGGCAAGCUUAACGAGCUUGUGGAUAUCAUUAUCGCAGAACGUGCGACCCUCUUCGUCUCCGCUGUCGGUGUUCCCCCCCAAGGCUGUUGUUGACAAACUCCAUGGCGCUGGUAUCGUCUGCAUGAAUAUGAUCGGUCACCCCAAGCACGUCGCUAAGGCUCUGGACGUUGGCAUUGAUAUUAUCUGCGCCCAGGGUGGUGAGGGUGGUGGCCACACCGGUGACGUUCCUACAACUAUCCUUAUUCCCACUGUUGCCAAGCUGGUUAAGGGCAAGAAGAGCCCUUUGACUGGCCAGGACGUGCAGGUCAUCGCUGCUGGUGGUCUGUUCAACGGUAACUCGGUUGCCGCUGCUCUGAUGCUCGGUGCUUCGGCUGUUUGGAUCGGUACACGUUUCAUCUUGGCUGAUGAGGCUGGUGCUCCUAAGGCCCACCAAGAGGCCGUCCGUACCGCUGGCUUCGAGGACAACAUUCGUACAAUCAUCUUCACUGGCCGCCCCCUGCGUGUCCGCAAGAACCCGUACAUUCUCAACUGGGAAGAGAACCGUGCCGAUGAGAUCAAGAAGCUUACUGCCAAGGGUAUCAUUCCCGUAGAGCACGACUUCGAGAACCUUCCUGAUGAUGUUGACGAUGAAACCCUGGACAACGCCCGUCCCUUCCUGAUGGGCAAGGUCUCCGCUGUAGUCGACGAGAAGAAGUCUGCCAAGGCUAUCGUGGAUGAACUUGUCAAUGAUGCUGCUGCCUUGCUGAAGAAGGGUAACCAGAUGGUCGCCAAGCUGUAA